CGCCCCGAAAUCUGGCCCAAAAGAAUUAAUUAAAUUGUUAGAGCAAUUGAUUACGGAUUGGGCCCAAAAAGGGGUUAAAAUUAUAAUUUGGAUUCUAAGCCCAACUUUUAUGUCAUCUCGUAGGAAAUAUUUUUGUGAUCGCGUCGCCGCGCUCAUCGCCGAUCGCCCUUCCCCAGCCAUCAUUGCCGUUGACUUGCAGCCGCCAGACGCCGUUCUUCGCCGGUCAUCCCUGCCGUCCGACCUCCGCCUCCAACGCCGCUGCCUUUCCUUCGCCAGUAGCCGCCGCCAUCAUCGCCGUCGGGUGCAGCGCCGCCACGCCGAGCACUGGACGUCGCCUCCACUGCCGGCGUCCUUCCUCGCCGUCGAGUCCAGCGCCGCCGCGCCUCGCCACUGGACGUCAUCUCCACUGCCAGCGCCGGUCGCCCUUCCCCAGCCAGUCGCCGCCGCUGUUUCCUUCGCCAGAGGUCCGCCGUCAGCAUCAGCGCCGCCGACGACGGUUCACCUCGUCGUUCUGCCGGACGUCGCCUCCACUGCUGGCGUCCUUCCUCGCCGACGAAUUGCAGCGCCGCCAGUCGCUGCUCAUCGCCGUCGAGUUGCCGCUCCGCCACUGUCGCCGGCGUCCGUCACCGUCGCCGCAUCCAGCCGCUGCCCCGAGUUUAUAUCGCCGGCAGAUUAACCUCCACGCCGGAUUGAUUGGUCGAUUUCGCAUUUUGACUCAAUUUGACCCGUUCGUUUGAUUUCGUUGAUUUGUCUUCCGUUCGAGCUAUCGAUUCGAUUUCGGCGUAAUUCAGGUCCGUACUAUGAAGUUAAUAGCGUUUAGAAUAGAUUUAAUGGUUUGGA